AAAAUUUCUGUUCGGGAAAGAGGAAAAUAAAACAACACCAAGUUUACUUUUUGUGUCACUGCUGCUGAGCUCCUGUGUCACUUGAAAAAUGUCUGAGAACGGCGCCCGUCUGAACAAGUUCAAGAACAAAGGCAAAGACACUAAUGAGCUUCGCCGCAGGAGGGUGGAGGUGAACGUGGAGCUCCGCAAGGCCAAGAAAGAUGACCAGAUGUUCAAAAGGAGAAAUGUGGCUGCGUUUCCUGAAGAGGCCACUUCUCCCCUUCAAGAAAGAAACCAGAACUGCCAGGCGUUCAGACAGUGGACGGUCGAAGAGAUCGUCGCAGGACUGAACAGCGGAACCACUGAGUCCCAGCUCCAGGCCACACAGGCUGCACGGAAGCUGCUGUCCCGCGACAAACAUCCCCCCAUCGACCAGAUGAUCAGCGCUGGGCUCAUCCCCAAGUUUGUCUCCUUCCUGGGGCUGGCAGAUUGUCCUCCAAUCCAGUUUGAGGCGUCCUGGGCUCUGACCAACAUCGCCUCCGGGACGUCUGAUCAGACGGCUGCUGUCGUGGAGGGCGGGGCCAUCCCUGCCUUCAUCAGCCUGAUCACCUCCCCACACCAGCACAUCAGCGAGCAAGCAGUGUGGGCCCUGGGAAAUAUUGCUGGUGAUGGAUCGGCUCUGAGAGACAGGGUGAUCAAGAAUGGAGCUGUGACCCCUCUGCUCAGUCUGCUGGCUGUCCCUGACCUCACUGUAUUUAGUGCCGGCUACCUGCGAAAUGUGACGUGGACGCUCUCAAACCUCUGCCGCAACAAGAACCCCUCCCCUCCUAUCGGUGCGAUCCAGCAGAUCCUCCCUGCUCUCAUCCGUCUGCUGCACCAUGACGACCUGGAGGUGUUGGCGGACGCGUGUUGGGCCGUUUCCUACCUGACAGAUGGUCCUAACGACCGCAUCGAGGUGGUGGUGCAGACUGGUCUGAUCCCUCGCCUGGUGAAGCUGCUCGGCUUCGAGGAGCUGCCUGUGGUUACUCCUGCGCUGCGUGCCAUCGGCAACAUUGUGACCGGUACAGAUGAGCAGACCCAGGCGGUGCUGGAUGCUGGAGCCCUGGGCAUGUUCCCCAAACUGCUGCGCCACAAGAAGGCCAACAUUCAGAAGGAGGCAGCCUGGACUCUGUCCAACAUCACAGCAGGGAAGGACACCCAAAUCCAGGAGGUCAUCAACGCAGGCCUCGUUCCGUACAUGAUUGAAGUGCUAGUGAGGGGCGACUAUAAAACUCAGAAAGAGGCCGUGUGGGCUAUUACAAACUUCACCAGUGGGGGCACCGUUCAGCAGGUGGUCUACCUGGUGCAGGCCAACGUGAUCGAGCCUCUUCUGAAUCUGCUCUCCUCUAAGGACAGUAAAACUGUCCUCGUCAUCUUGGAUGCAAUUACCAACAUCUUCCUGGCCGGGGAUAAAAUUGGAGAAUCAGACAAGCUGAGUCUGAUGAUUGAAGAAUGCGGUGGACUGGACAAGAUUGAGGCGCUGCAGGCUCAUGAGAACGAGACGAUCUACAGAGCUGCCCUCAAUCUGAUCGAGAAAUAUUUCUCAGAAGAGGAGGAGGAGGUGCAGUGUGUGGCCCCAGAAGCAACCGAUGACGGUUACGCGUUCCAGAUCAGUGAAACCCAGAGCACUUUCAAUUUCUAGAUGAUUUUCUACCUCUACUGUGAACUGUACUCUUCCCUCAUCGCUACUGUUUGUCCUUUUGUUCAUGUGCUGUUUUUGUAUGUGUUGUACAUACUGUUUUAACAUGACUGGUGAAACAAGUUUGUAAAUAAAGUUGUUGGAUUAUG